AUGGCAGCCGGAAUAUCUAGUUUAUUUUGGGGACCAAUAAGCGAUCGAUUCGGGCGCAAGAUUAUCCUUCUAGUAGCUCUUACCAUUUUUCUCGGUUUUACAAUCGUAUGUAUUCUAGCUCGAACUAUUAUUGUACUAUUCAUAUUUCGUUCAUUACAAGGUGCAGCAAUAUCAGCAUUACUUGUUGUUGGACAGAGCGCUAUUGCUGAUAUGUAUCCGUCGGAUGAAUUUGGUUUUGCUAUAGGCCUUUUUCUCGUACCCGUUCUUAUUGGACCUAUUAUAGGUCCAUUCAUUGGUGGUGUUUUAUCGAAUACAUUCGGAUGGCGAAGCACUUUCGUCUCAUUAGCGAUUAUGGCUGUGAUCUCUGUUCUAAUGAUUCUUCUAUUUGUUCCUGAAACUCAUCAUUAUAUUGUCCUUCAACGAUUAUUACAUGGUGUGAAAAAGAAACGUCACCAGAAGAAUCAAACAAAUCCAAUAUUUAUACGCGAGGCAAACACAAUAUUGAAACCUCGUUUUAUGUUACCCUGGCGUCCACUUUUAGCCCUUUUCGAUAUGACGAUUGCACCAUAUGUGGCUGUUUGCAAUAUCAAUUGUGCCGCUUUAUUCAUUUCACUUACUCUGAUGUCUAAUCGAGAAAGUCAAAAUCCUUAUGCACUUUCUCCACUUCAUAUUGGCUUUUCUUAUAUACCAACAGGUGUAUCUUCUCUGCUCGGAAGUUUAAGUGGUGGUUGGGUUUCUGAUUGGUCAGCGAAACGUUUCUCUCAAGCGAUGGAAGGUCGACUCAUCCUGAAUUUGAUUGGUUCUCUACUAUGUCCACUUGGUUUGCUAUUAUGUGGAUGGACUUUUCAUUUUGGUAUUCAUUUAGCUUUACCAUUGAUUGGCUCGUCCAUGUUUUGUUUCGGUCAAGCUUUCAUGUAUACUAGUGCUUGUGCCUUUGUCAAUGUCAAAAAGCCAGCCACAGCUGGCAGCAUUCUUGCACUUAUCAAUUCACUCAAUUUUAUUUGUUCUGGUAUCGGCAUUAUUAUCACAGUUCCUUUGCUGACAUUGAUGCAAUUCGGACCAUUAUUCAAAAAAAUGAUUAUAACAACAGCGAUACUCUUUUCGUUAAUUGUCCAUUUUAUAAAUAUUUCAACGACAAUAACGGCAAUGGACGAUCGAUGUUCUUGUUCAUGUUGUAUUGGAUUAGCUUGUAAUCCUAUUCAAAUGCCUGACUUUCUUAUUCCAUUGUGUAUUGAUGAUGCAUUGGGUUUUAGUACCGGAGCAAAUCUUACAUUCAAUUCAAGAGGUCAACAACCUUUUAUUAAUGAAUUUGGAGAUAGAAAAACUGCAUCAAUCAAUGGUCCACCUGAAAAAGUGGGAGCCAUCACUGAAGGAAUCAAAUCUCAUAUUUCACUUUUAUUACGAAAAUUAAUUCUUAUCUUUCUGUUAAUUUUUGUUGCUAUUCUCGGAUUAAUGUCGACAAUUAUUGGAGCUAUUGCAUAUACUCGAAAUUGUUAUUUUCCUCGUCAACCGUCUAUUACUAUAUGGUUAUUAGUACUUGGCAGUAUGAGUUUUCUACUUGCUUGCUUGCUAACUUUAUUAAUUAUAUUAUCAAUAACAUAUGGAUAUAAAUCAAGUGAUAAAAAAUUUCGUAUAGCAUUUAUUAUUGCAAUUGGUUUUGCUAGCGCUCUUUUAGGAUGGGCAGUUGCGCCGGGUACACGAGCUGCAUUUGAUUUACCUAACAAUUCAAUAGACUGCCUAGAUUUUAUUUAUAAUUAUAGUCGUGUAUUAUAUUUUAUCUUAGCUAUUUGUUCGUUUAUUGGUUCCAUAUAUAUCAUUUCUAAAGCAACACGUAAAUGUUGUUUUAGUAUAUGUAAUAGAAACAAGGAAAAUAGAAUUGUUCCAACACUUCAUAUGACUUUUAAUAAAACAGGUAGAGUACAACAUAUUUCUUUCAAUUGUUCCAUACCAUGA